AUUAAUUUUAUUAUACCUCUGCUGCCUCUGUAUCUUUAAGAAUUGAGUUCUACUUUUCAUCUGGGCCUGAAAACCACAUUUUUAUGGAAUUGUCAAAGUAAUUUUGAGUUGGAUACUGAUGAAACUGAAAUUUAGUUAUUAAUAUAUUUCUCCCAACGGCAAGACAGAAACGGAACGAUGAUUCUAAUUCGUUUGCCAUUGAGCUAUAAUGUGACGUGUUGUCUUCAUAUUUGCUUUCACCUCCAUUUUUAUAUUUUGUCCUUUUCAAGUGUAUUAUUUUCCAGCUGAUUCACUGUACCAUGUAGGACCGCUUUAUGUGGUUGCAUAUGGCAUUGUUUCGUCUAUGUUAAAUUGAUUAAACCUACUUCCUUUUGAGUACCAAAAUUUUCCAUGUUAAAUAUCAGCAAUGUGAUCCAAUCUUUUAGGCCCUAGGACUGUCUGAAUAUGCACGGUGAACGUUUAGAUCCACAGGUAUCUUGUCAUUGGUGGACAGCAUUGAUAAAGUUACUCCGAAGAGGUGAUUUUUAUUUGACUGAAGAGCUGAUUUUUCCCUGUUCGAACAGUACUUAUUUGGUCAAUCCGAAUGGAUCUGAAACCAAAUCAUACAUCGCCUAUUCUUACUGAUUCUGCUCUGAUGAAUAACUCGAGAUUAGGCAUCCAUUCAUCUCUUCUUCCAUACUCACCCAAUGGUUCAGUAUUUUCUCGCUCUCUUUUGCUUACUAUCCCGAGGAGAAGGCCUGGAAUACUUGAUGAUGUUCGGUCAAGCUUGUUGGAUGCCAUGAAAUCAUCAUCUCCUACUCAUACCAAAUUUACUAAAGAUUCAAGCACGGAGUUAACAUCAAGUGAUGAUGAUGUUUCUUAUUGCAAUUGGAUGUUAAAGUAUCCAUCAGCACUUGCAUCAUUUGAGCAAAUACAAAAUGUUGCCAAAGGAAAGCGAGUAGCAUUGUUCUUGGACUAUGACGGGACCUUAUCCCCAAUCGUGGACAACCCAGAUCAUGCAUUCAUGUCAAACGCUAUGCGUGCUGCUGUAAGAAAUGCAGCAAACCAUUUUCCAACGGCAAUAAUUAGCGGGAGAAGCCGUGAUAAGGUUUAUGAGUUUGUAGGAUUGACAGAACUUUACUAUGCUGGAAGUCAUGGGAUGGACAUUAUGGGCCCUGUUCGAUCUAUUUCCAGCGACUAUGAGAAUUGUAUUAGGUCAUCUGACGAGCAGGGCAAGGAGGUUAAUUUGUUCCAGCCUGCUAGUGAAUUCUUGCCCAUGAUCGACAAGGUUUUUAGAUCUCUGGUCGAAACUAUGAAAGGCGUAGCUGGUGCAAAAGUUGAGAACAACAAAUUCUGCGUCUCUGUACACUACCGUAAUGUAGAUGAGAAGAGUUGGAAAAUAGUCGGUCAAUAUGUUGAAGAAAUUUUGAAAAACUAUCCCAAACUACGGUUGACACAUGGUCGAAAGGUUUUAGAAGUUCGACCAAGAUUACUUAUGUUGGUUCCUAAAAUAUGUUAUCGACGAGUGAUAGAUGGCUGUAGAACGUUCAAAAUGAAAAGUAUAGCAUUAAUGAUGUUCAACAGAAGUUUAGGUGAAAGUAUGAAGUAUGAUUCAUUUUUACAGUGA